AUGGGGAACUGCUUAGUUCUACAAGAAAACAUGGUAAGGAUCGUGAAAAGUGAUGGCAAAGUUCUUGAAUACAAAACACCCAUCAAAGUCCACCAUGUUCUGAAACAAUUUUCGGGCCAUGCAAUAUGUGACUCACUACCACUGCAACACCAUCUUCAUCCCAACACCAGAUUGCUUAACGGUCAGUUAUACUACCUUGUGCCUCUGCCACGGCCUUCACCAAAAGCUAGCAAGAAGAAAGUGAGUUUUGCUGAACCUGAAGUGCAAGGUGGCGUGAUUAGGGUUAAGCUGGUUAUUAGCAAGCAAGAGUUGAAGGAAAUUCAGGGAAAGGGAGGGAUUUCAGUUAAUGAGCUAUUAUCUUUAGUUCAACGUGAAAAAGGGAUGGAUGUUGUAGAUGUGUGUGAAAAAUAUCACCAUCGUUCUCAAGGGUGGAAACCAACGUUGGAUACCAUACCAGAGUUAACUGCGUGA